CCCGUACUUCCGGUUUCCCCGUACCUUAUUAUCAACAUGGCGGACGAAUCCAUUAGGAAAGUAGUUUCUCAAAUACCGCUUUUAAAAACCAAUUCUGGGCCGAGAGACAAAGAGCUGUGGGUGCAAAGACUGCGAGAGGAAUAUUUGUCUCUAAUUAAGUAUGUUGAAAACAACAAAGCAGCUGAUAACGACUGGUUUCGUCUAGAAUCCAAUAAAGAGGGUACAAGGUGGUUUGGAAAAUGCUGGUACAUCCACGAACUUCUUAAGUAUGAAUUUGACAUGGAAUUCGACAUUCCAGUCACGUAUCCCGCUACGGCGCCUGAAGUGGCGAUCCCUGAACUAGAUGGCAAGACGGCGAAGAUGUACAGAGGGGGUAAGAUCUGCUUGACGGAUCACUUCAAACCGCUGUGGGCGAGGAACGUGCCGAAAUUCGGACUGGCUCACCUGAUGGCGCUGGGACUCGGACCCUGGCUUGCUGUGGAGAUCCCAGACCUCAUCUCUAAGGGGAUAAUACAGCACAAAGAGCAGCAGGGCAGCUGAAAAUUUGAAAUGAUGCCGAAUGAUGCACCUGUCUUAACAUCCUAACCGGCUAAAUGAUCAGCCUGGCAAUGCCACACACACAAACACACACACACACACACACACACAUUGUACAACGUGACUGAAAAUCCACACACGGAUUGUAAAGAAAGAAAACUGUUGACCCGAAUUUGGGACCAGGCUAGAUUAUGGACUUCUUGUAAAUGUAAAAUGUUUUUUGUGUGUGCGUCUUCAACCCUGAAUUAAUGACACCAGAUUAAACCAAGAUAAUGGCA